GGGUUCCGCCCGGCCCCAAGAUGGCGGCGCCCUUUGUGCGUCCGUGAUGCGCCUGCCCCCGCGGCGGGGCCCGGGACAUGGCAGCCAUGGACUUCCCCCAGCACAGCAGGCAGGUGCUGGAGCAGCUGAACCAGCAGCGGCAGCUGGGCCUCCUGUGCGACUGCACCUUCGUGGUGGACGGCAUUGACUUCAAGGCCCACAAAGCGGUGCUGGCCGCCUGCAGCGAGUACUUCAAGAUGCUCUUCGUCGACCAGAAGGACGUGGUGCACCUGGACAUCAGCAACGCCGCAGGCCUGGGGCAGGUGCUGGAGUUCAUGUACACAGCCAAGCUGAACCUGAGCCCCGAGAACGUGGAGGACGUGCUGGCCGUCGCUGGCUUCCUCCAGAUGCAGGACAUCGUCAGUGCCUGCAACGCGCUCAAGACCCUGACUGUGCCCGCCACCGCCCCCGGCUCCCCGGAGCCCUCCGAUGGGGACAGAGAUGUGCCGAGGGCCGACGCAGAGGGGCAGAAAGCCGCCGCUGAUGCCACCCCCGCCCCUACGCCCAGUGAGCUGGACGCGUCAGACGAUGCCCCCGCUGAGGACCCCAGCCUGGAGGAGGCAGGCCGGGACCCCGACAAGCCCGCAGACGGUGCCGGCCACGGGGACGGAGGGACAGGUGCAGACCAGGAGGCCGGGGACGACGCCCCCGCUGCAGCCUUGGAGCAGCCGCCCACCGAGCCCGGAGCCCCACCCUCUGGCCCCCGGCCGGGUCAGAUCCCUUCCCCGCAGAGCCUGGAGCUAGAAAUGGAAGUGGAACUGGUGGAGAAAGACGACGCCGGGAGGGAGACGAAGGCCCGGGAGGAGGCGGAGGCUGGCCCGCGGCUGGAGAACGGAGCCCACCCCGACGAGAACGACGAGUCGUGGGGCACCGACUCCGGCCCGGAGAAUGCCGGCGAGGCCCGGGUCCUCCGCUCGGGCACCUACAGCGACCGCACGGAGUCCAAGGCCUACGGCUCCGUCACCCACAAGUGCGAGGACUGCGGCAAGGAGUUCACGCACACGGGGAACUUCAAGCGGCACAUCCGUAUCCACACGGGCGAGAAGCCCUUCUCCUGCCGCGAAUGCAACAAGGCCUUUUCCGACCCCGCCGCCUGCAAGGCCCACGAGAAGACGCACAGCCCGCUGAAGCCGUACAGCUGCGAGGAGUGUGGGAAGAGCUACCGGCUCAUCAGCCUGCUGAACCUGCACAAGAAGCGGCACAGCGGGGAGGCCAAGUACCGCUGCGACGACUGCGGCAAGCUCUUCACCACCUCGGGCAACCUGAAGCGGCACCAGCUGGUCCACAGCGGCGAGAAGCCCUACCAGUGUGACUACUGCGGGCGCUCUUUCUCCGACCCCACCUCCAAGAUGCGGCACCUGGAGACCCACGACACCGAUAAGGAGCACAAGUGUCCCCACUGCGACAAGAAGUUCAACCAGGUGGGCAACCUGAAAGCACACCUCAAGAUCCACAUCGCUGACGGGCCCCUCAAGUGCCGGGAGUGCGGGAAACAGUUCACCACAUCAGGGAACCUGAAGCGGCACCUGCGGAUUCACAGUGGCGAGAAGCCUUACGUGUGCGUGCACUGCCAGAGGCAGUUUGCCGACCCAGGUGCCCUGCAGCGCCACGUCCGCAUCCACACGGGGGAGAAGCCAUGCCAGUGCCUAAUCUGCGGGAAGGCCUUCACCCAAGCCAGCUCCCUCAUCGCCCACGUCCGUCAGCACACCGGGGAGAAGCCCUACGUGUGUGAGCGCUGCGGAAAGAGGUUCGUCCAGUCGAGUCAGCUGGCCAACCACAUCCGCCAUCACGACAACAUUCGCCCGCACAAGUGCAGCGUGUGCAACAAGGCCUUCGUGAACGUGGGCGACCUGUCCAAGCACAUCAUCAUCCACACGGGAGAAAAGCCGUUCCUGUGCGACAAGUGUGGGCGCGGCUUCAACCGCGUGGACAACCUGCGCUCCCAUGUCAAGACGGUACACCAGGGCCAGGCGGGCAUGAAGAUCGUGGAGCAGGAGGGCGACGAGGUCAACAUCGUCACCGUGGCCUCGGACGACAUGGUGACCCUGGCCACCGAGGCGCUGGCCGCCACGGCGGUCACCCAGCUGACGGUGGUGCCCGUGGCGGCGGCGGUGACGGCGGACGAGACGGAAGCACUUAAAGCCGAAAUCACUAAGGCUGUGAAGCAAGUGCAGGAAGCAGACCCCAACACCCAGAUCCUGUACGCCUGCGAUUCGUGCGGGGACAAGUUCCUGGACGCCAACAGCCUGGCCCAGCACGUGCGCAUCCACACGGCCCAGGCUCUGGUCAUGUUCCAGGCCGACACGGACUUCUACCAGCAGUACGGCCCGGGCACCGCCUGGCAGGCGGAGCAGGUCCUGGGGGCCGGCGAGCUGCUGUUCCGGGCGCGGGAGGGGCCCGAGGUCCAGCCCGCCCUGGCCGAACCCCCGCCCGCCUCAGAAUGCCAGCCGUCGGCCAAGUGAGGGGUGGGAGACGCCCCCUCUCCGGACCGCUUAUUUAAAGAUGGACGUCGUGGCCCGAGGGAAGCGGCCCCUGGGCAUCGGGCCCGCCCCCCGCCAACAGAGAAUAAAUCACCUUAUUUUCUAAGACGCCUGCGGCUCUCUGCGGCUCCCCGGGAUUCCCCGUGGUCCUCAAGUGGGUCAGGGUGGAGGGGCAGGCGGCUCCGGCGGCGGGAAGCGAGAGUCUUGGUGCCUCGUUGGCCCGCCUGCCCUUACCAAUUCCUGGUGGGGACCGGCAGCACCGGGGCCGGGAUGCCGGGAGAGGAGGGGACUGAGUGUCACGGUAGGGCUGGAGAACAAGCCCCUGGCCCGUUCUAGCUAGGCCGUGGCCAACAGGUUGAAGGUGGUCAGGCGGCAGAGAGCCCAGACCUGGCGGUAGAAGGGGCUGGGGCCGCUGCGCCCCGUGCCCAGGACCUCACGAGCCCCCGCCGCACACGCACACAUUGGCAUCCUCAGGUACGGUAGCCCAGGGCGUCUCCCACCCGACGAAGCCAACCAGGCGUCGGUCGAGCCUGUGGGCCCAAAAGAGGAGCCCCGGCUGAGGGGAGCCGGGGCCGGGUCUUCGGGCCUAGAUGAUGCGGGCUGGGGGGGGACCGGGGCUUCGGGCCAAGCCGGUGUGGGCCGGCCCCCGUCCCUGUUUUAAAGCAGAGCGUGAAUGGUCAGCGAGCACCGUGGAGCAGCGCUGGCGUGGGCCAGCUUUCAACCGGUAAGCCGCCCUGGACAGCGGGGCUCAGAACGACAACUGUGCCGAUUGUUGAGCGCUCGCUACAGGCCGACGGGCGCCGUACGAAGAAGGGCUGGGGUGGAGACGGGACACCGCUCCGGGGUGGUCCCAGCCGGGUCAUUGCUG